CCUAACAGAGGGACAAAAAGACCCCGUGAUGAAGAGGAGGAGGAAAUCAAAGCCCGUCGGAAGCAGGCGAGCGCCCGGGAGCACGGGCGGCACCGGGAGGAGGAGUCUGCUCUGCUGGAGGACACCGAGGACGAGAAGAAGAAACUCCUGCAGAUAAUCGAGAGGGAUGGAGAGGAGGAAGAGGAGGAAGAGGAACCUUUGGAUGAAAGUUCAGUGAAGAAGAUGAUUCUCACCUUUGAGAAGAGAUCUUACAAAAACCAGGAGCUGCGGAUCAAGUUUCCUGACAAUCCAGAGAAGUUCAUGGAGUCGGAACUGGAUUUAAAUGACAUCAUUCAGGAGAUGCAUGUGAUCGCCACCAUGCCAGACCUGUACCACCUGCUGGUGGAGCUGAAUGCUGUGCAGUCUCUCCUGGGGCUGCUGGGCCACGACAACACGGAUGUUUCCAUUGCUGUGGUAGACUUGCUCCAAGAGCUGACUGAUAUAGAUACUCUCCAUGAGAGUGAAGAAGGAGCUGAAGUCCUCAUAGAUGCUCUGGUGGAGGGCCAGGUUGUGGCCUUGUUGGUCCAGAACUUAGAGCGCCUGGAUGAAAGUGUGAAAGAGGAAGCUGAUGGUGUCCACAACACCCUGGCAAUCGUUGAGAACAUGGCAGAGUUCCGACCAGAGAUGUGCACAGAAGCUGCACAGCAGGGCCUCAUGCAGUGGCUGCUCAAGAGGCUGAAGGCCAAGAUGCCGUUCGAUGCCAACAAGCUGUACUGCAGUGAGGUGCUGGCCAUCCUGCUGCAGAACAACGAUGACAACAGAGAAUUGCUUGGGGAGCUGGAUGGGAUCGAUGUGCUGCUUCAGCAGUUAUCUGUGUUCAAACGACACAACCCCAGCACAGCAGAAGAACAGGAAAUGAUGGAGAACCUCUUUGACUCCCUCUGCUCCUGCCUGAUGCUCAGCUCCAACCGCGAUCGGUUCCUGAAGGGCGAGGGUCUGCAGCUGAUGAAUCUCAUGCUGAGGGAGAAGAAGAUUUCCCGCAGCAGUGCCCUGAAGGUGCUGGACCACGCCAUGAUUGGCCCAGAGGGUACAGACAACUGCCACAAGUUCGUGGACAUUCUUGGUCUGAGGACCAUCUUCCCUCUCUUCAUGAAAUCACCCAAAAAGAUCAAGAAAAUCGGAACAACGGAGAAAGAACAUGAAGAACAUGUCUGUUCCAUCCUGGCCUCCCUUCUGCGAAACCUGAGAGGGCAGCAGAGGACACGGUUACUGAACAAAUUCACAGAGAACGACAGCGAGAAGGUCGAUAGGCUGAUGGAACUGUAUUUUAAGUACCUGGAUGCGAUGCAGGCAGCUGAUAAGAAGAUCGAUGGAGAGAAACAUGACCUGGUGCGCCGGGGGGAGAUCAUCGACGACGACAUGGAGGACGAGUUCUACCUGCGCCGCCUGGACGCCGGCCUCUUCGUGCUGCAGCUCAUCUGCUACAUCAUGGCAGAGAUCUGCAAUGCCAACGUGCCCCAGAUCCGUCAGAGAGUCCAUCAGAUUCUGAACAUGAGAGGCAGCUCCAUUAAAAUCGUUCGACACAUCCUAAAGGAGUACGCCGAGAACAUCGGGGAUGGGAAGAACCAGGAGUUCCGGGAGAGCGAGCAGAAGCGGAUCCUGGACCUGCUGGAGAGCUUCUGAGGCCUCCG